AUGGCUGUUUGUGGCAACUCACCAAUCAGAACCAUGUCAGGAAGGUUGUUCUUGAUGUGCAUUAUAUUAUUAUACUGCUGUGUGCUGCCGCAAGGCAUUCUGGGUCAGGACAAAGUCUACGACUUCGAUGAGGAGGAAGCUGCUGGGUCAUUUGUUGGGAACGUGGCAAGAGACCUCAACCUGGAGGAGAUUAUAGCGCCGGGGAUCUUCAACUCUCUCCGAUACAGGAAAUACAACAUCGUGGUUAACCUCCGAGACAUCAACGACAACGCGCCCAAGUUCAACCAGACGACCGUGACCCUGAAGAUCCCGGAGUCGGUGACAGUGGGCAAGAAGUACUCGGUACCUGGUGCCUUCGAUGACGACAGAGGGCCAGGCAACUCCAUACAGUCCUACAGCUUCCAGCCACCCAGGAGCACCUUCAGCGUACAGUAUUUCCAAGUCAGCCCAAAGACUGGCGAGCUGAGCGCCAAAGUAGUCCUGACCAGCGGAAGCUACGUCAUCAUCGUGGAGGCGGUGGACCAGGGGAGCCCCGAGCGCGUGAACCAGACCGAGGUAGUGGUCAGCGUGAUGGACACGGACAACAACCCCCCGGUCAUCACGGUUGACCCCCUGUCCCCUGGCUCUGACAGUGCCCGAAUCAAGGAGGACGCCAAAAUCAACGCUCUGGUGGCUCACGUGACCGUGUUUGACCCCGACUCCGGCCAGAACGGCGCGGUCAAGUGUUACAGUCAGAGCGCCUUCUUUGAUCUCUACGAGCUGGAGGAUAACAACUACAAGGUGGUGGUGGCGCAAGGAUUGGACAGAGAGGUGACGGACCUGUACCGAGUGACCUUGUUCUGUGAGGACUCGGGCUCGCCGCGUCUCAACGCCACCCAGGUCUUUGACGUCAUCGUUGAGGAUGUCAACGACAACGCACCUCGCUUCCAGGACGAUGACGUCACCAUCGAGGUCCAAGAAGGCAACGCGAUCGAUGACGUGGCAAUGGUCAUCUUAGCCUCAGAUCUGGACAGCGGGGACAAUGCAAAGAUCUACUUCACUCUUCUGGAAGAUUCCGACGGGUUUUUCCGCGUGCCCAUCAACUCGAACACGCUAGUGUGCGCCAAAGAGUUAGAUAGGGAGACGCAGGAUGUACACGUCAUCACCGUUCUGGCAAAAGACGCGGGAAAGUCCGCACAGUCGACCACUGCGACGGUGACCGUGUCUGUCUCUGACGUGAACGACAACGAGCCGCGCUUCUUCAAGUCCAAGUACCGCUUCAGCGUGAUGGAAGGGCUGGACGCGGGGAGUGUGGUGGGGGCGGUGUCCGCCACAGACAGAGACCUGGGCGACGGGGGGAAGGUCAGGUUCUCUCUGCCCUCCUGGUCACAGGCCUACGGCAAGUUCCGCAUGCUGGACAAUGGCACAUUAACCACAGCCACUCGUCUGGACAGAGAGAGCGAGCACGAGUUCACCUUCCGAGUGGAGGCCGCCGACAGAGGGAGCCCGUCCUUGACCUCUCAGGUAGAGGUAAAGGUCGAGGUGAAGGACACGAACGACAACAACCCCAUCUUCCUGUUCCCUAGCCCAAGCAAUAGCUCCGUGACUCUUGUCCUGCCUGUAGACAACUCCAAGUCUUUGAUGAGGAUACAGGUCACAGAUGCUGACCAGGCCGAGAACGGGGAGGUACAUUUCUCCCUGUUGCCUGGCAACGCGUCGCUUCUGUUUUUCCUGGACACCGUGACAGGAGAGCUCUUCGCCAGCCGGGACUUGGAGGCGGGGGAUGAGGGCGUGUACAACCUGUCAAUCACUGCCACUGACAGGGGAGUCCCGCCUCUCUCUACCACACGAAACCUUUUGCUGACGGUCAUGGUGAACCCAGUCUCCUCCCCUGUGUCCAGCACAGACUCCAACGCCAUGAUCGCCCUGGGCCUGGUGUGCGGCACCAUGUUCCUGGCCGCCAUCAUCGUUCUGGUCGUCUGCUUUCUGCGCCGGCGCGACCGGAACCGGAAGUUGCGCUACCUUGACAACAAGGGGAAGAACUCUGCCCCGCGAGUCCUGGACGCCGCGGCGUUGCCCCACGAGUACGACGUCCACAAGGAGGCCAACAACAACAACAUCGUGCUGUCUACCCCGGGGGGAGAGGCGGGGCUUGGCGCCUACAGCAAGUACAGUGUGCCCAAGCUCAGCGUGGGAUAUCCCAACGGAUCUGCUGGGAUGGAAGAUCUCCCAGACAAGCAUAAUUCAUUGUUGCCAGCUUGCCUGUUCUGUAUCUGUGGAGGGUCCUGUGCAGGAAAAGACUUCUCUUUGACUUUAUGUGGACGAAAACGACUCAAAAGUGACACAUCUGUGGUCUUGGAAGUGGAGUAA